GUGAACACGUUUUAGCGCGGUGACGGUUUAGAAGUGUCACUUUUGCGUGACCUACGGUCGAGAUGAUGGAUUCCAGUAAUGGGUCGAGCAGCAUCUCCAGGCCAUUACUUGUUGCUUUUGGCAAUCCUCUGCUGGACAUGACGGCCGUGGUGGAGGACCAGAGUCUGCAUGAGAGAUUUUCUCUGCCUACUGACGGGCAGCUGGAGGUCUCUGAAGAACAGAAGGAGCUGUUCAAUCUUGUACAGGAACAGUAUGAUGUUAGCUGCUCUGCUGGAGGUUGUGCCUUAAACUCAUCCCGAGUGUUCACCUGGGUAUUGGGGCAGCCAAAGAAAGCCUUGUUCAUGGGUGGCAUUGGUGUUGAUGAGGCUGCCACUCGCCUCUUGAGAAUCAUUCAUGACAGUGGGGUGAACACCAGAAUGCUGGAGGUGACCACAGAGAGUACAGGUCGCUGUGUGGCUCUGGUGCUGGGAGUGGAACGCUGCCUCUGUGCUGACAUCGGUGCUGCUAACUACUGCCCGCCUGAGCACGUCUUCCAAGACUUCAGCAUUAGUGAUAAUGCAUCAGAGCUUAGACCAUGCCUAGAAGACAUGGCAUUGGCUCCUCUUCUGUACGUAGAAGGCUACUUCAUAACUCACAGCUUUGACACUGCACUAAUGAUUGCAAAAUACGCUAAGGAGAAUAAAAAAACAUUGAUCUUCAAUCUUUGCGGCAGCUACGUGUGUGAAAACCAUCCUGAAGAAUUGAAACAGAUAUUACCUUACGUUGAUAUACUUUUUGGAUUUGUGGAGGAGUACAAAACUCUUGCUAAGCAUGUUGAUCUGCCAGCACUCGCCUCUGCCCAGCCUGCUGGAGAAGCAAGCAUCGUCACAAGCCUCCCCUCUAUACUGCAGGCUGUCAGUAAGUAUGAAGCUGUCGUUAUUGCGCCAAGCAACUCCUGUGCUGACCUCGCCAUGAACUUAUCCUCGCAAGAGUUGGAUUCUUCAUCACGCAAAGAGUCUGUGGUGACUAACGGCUCGCCUGACUCGGAGAACAGCAACAGUCAUUAUUUUGACAACAGUGAAGUGCUUUACGACAGUGAUGAUCCUGUGUCACCAUCGAAUGAACAGGUCAAUAUUUUGUCAAUUCCCCCCGGCAAGAGGAAGCGUUCAGAAAAACGCAAGAGCAAGAAAAGUGACAGUGUCUUUGCCUUACGCAAGUGUUCUGACACAUCACCGUGUGGCACCACAAAUGGCACAGUCCCUUCCAUGAUGAGAGACAAAGUUGUUGUUAUGACUCAAGGUUCCUUGCCUUUAAUGUACGUUGCUAGUGACGGAAUUGUGCGGGAAAAACAUGUAGCGCCACUUAGUGUCAACUCUAUCGUGGACACCACUGGUGCUGGAGACUCGUUUGUAGGAGGCUUCCUGGCUUGCCUCAGCGUUGGACGGUGUUUAGAAGACUGCAUUGAGGGAGGGAUGUGGGCAGCCCGGCAAAUAUUGCAGCAAAAGGGCUGCACGAUUCCUCAGUAUCCUGCUGAGUAUUUAACUAAGUAGCGCGUGAGUUGCCUCAACUAUUCGAGUUAUACGUGAGUUAGUUUACCAUGAUGAUGUUAAACUAACGAUGAUUUGAGUAGCCUGGAAUUUCAGGGUCACUAGUGAUGAGUUCUUCGCUCUAGACUUACGUUAAAGAUAGCCUAAUGCUAAUUGCUGUUCGUCUAUAUGGGUUAAUGAACUGAGUUUGUCAUGAAGUUAGAAGUUUUCAAGGAGUUUGCAGUUUCAGUUAGGGUUUAUUUGAUGAUCAAAAUUCAAUUGUUUGAAUGAUCAUUUGUUGAAUGGUGAUCAACCUUUCUGAAAGUUGUGAUACGAAGUAUUUUGUUAAUUCUUUGACUUGUUGACAGUUAUUGACUUUUGAUUGUUGUUGCGAGAUUGUUUUGUUUUCGCUCGCUAAGUCAAUGAUUUAGGUUUGUCUCUGAUCAUUUUUCUGCUUUUCAGCUCUACGUUGGAUAGUAGCUACUAGACUUUUUUAUACUCGAAAUGCCAAGUAGGCUGUUGCACAAAAUAUCUUCCGUUAUCCGUUAUAACAGUCUAUGGAAAAAAUCAUCUCGUGGACUAAUUGAUCAGCAUGUUGCAUCAAAGUAUCAGAAGUCAACGAUGGAAAAUUCUAUAUAUGGUAAUCGGUAGUGUAGCUCGCUCAUGUUCAUUUGAUUCUCUUUCCUAGGUAAAUCUUGAGAAUCAAUUUAUUUUGUGCAGUAUUUAUCGCGUCGACCACGUAUGUGCCACGUUUUCUAGUCUUCAGUUUUUAGACAUCUUUUUACUUACAUCGCUUAUUAUGAAUCUCAGAGUUAGCAGCCAUCGCAACCAUGUCGUUUGCGUGGUUGUUUAAUACGAAACAGGAGUGCUGCGUUUAUGUGACAGCAUCGAUGCAAUCACCACUUAAACGCGUCCUCUGAAAUUCUUAGUCAAAGAAGACCAGUAUUUUCUAGUCCUGGAAUUUUUCUGGUGUGACGUAAGUUCUUGGGAAGUAUGCGGCGGACCACGUAGGCUUUUUAUCUUAUUUCGCGUCAAUAGUAAAUUUUUGUUCUAAAAUAAAUGAAGUCGUUUGUAGUUUGAUGAAGUCUGAUUGCGACUUGUCAGCGGUAGUUUGUAUUCGAAAAAUCUAAAUUUAUUUAAAGAAAAUUGUAUAUCUAGAUAUUCUAAGGUUUAAUUUAAUGUUGGUAUUUAUAGAUCUCGUGUGAAUAGUAAAUAGAGGCUUUGUAGCUAUUACAGCAGCUGUGAAGCAAACUUCAUUAAGCUUGCAGGUUUACUUAAAGGUGUAUUUAACAGAUCUCAUUCUAUUUUUGAUCUAUUGUUGUUCUCUUCUCGAUGAGCUUUAUGAUGUCGGACUCGUUGUGC